UGCGCCGAGCGCGACCGCGUUGGCGGCUCGCGCUGUUGGGCGAAAGAGGGCACGGGGUCUACGUCAACGUCGUCGUCGCCGUCGAGCCGGACCAUGCGCGUGUCCGCCUCCUCGCCCACGUCGAGCGUAAACACCAGCACGUUGUCCUUCGAAGGGACGACCUCAUCGAGCCUGCCCGGCGUCGGCGGUGGCGUCAACGUGGAUGCGCAGGCCUCUUCGUCCACGUCGAGGUCGAGGAAGGACGUAGGCAGGUCGCUCGGCGGACGCGGCAACAAGGCGCAAGGAGGGGCUCAACGUCCGCGCAGUGUCUGCUGUUCGUCGCUCUCCGAAUACGAGCAUGUCGAUGACCGCGGUGCAUCUGCUUCGGGCGCAGGAGAGAUCUCCCGGGACGCACGGUCCUCCUCCUCGAGGGCGAGCGUGGCCAGCGGCGAGCGUGACAUCUCCCGGCGCGGGCUGAGAGGCUCCGGAGUCGCUGGAGCACGGUGCGCGCGCGCUUUCCCCCAGGCCUGA